AUGGCGACCCAAGCAGCGCUGAUUGCUGACACAAUUGUUGGCAUGAAACGUGCACUACGCAGAGAACGCGAUGGUGAGUCGAACUCGUUCGACACUGCUGGCCCAGGCUCUGUUGCUAACCUCGGUCUUCCUCGGACAGACUCCGGCCCCGACGACGCCAUCAUCCAACCAACAAACCGCGGCAACAAAAUGAAAGCGAACGCGAAGUAUGUUCGUGAGGGAGCACUGGGCUACAUAAAUGCCGAAGAAUUCUACAAAGAGAAGAUCGAACAUGCCGGCUAUACCCGUCAUAUUUUACAGCGCAAUCCGAUACGAUAUGAUUCCGAAGGCGAUGAAUUGGACGAGGAGGCUGAAGAUUCUGAGGCCGAUGCGGCCGCCGCUGAAGAGAACCCAUUCUCAGGGAUCGCAUUAGAAACGCUCAUGUGUCCGCUCAAGCACCCGUCCGAACUCCCCUCCCAUCCUUCGCUGUCCCAACCUUAUACCUCACAAGCCAUGGAAGAUAUGACACAGGCAGUCGAGGAAAAGCUGCGCCAAGAACGAGCUCUCCUAUGGCGAGCGAGGAAUCUACACCGACAAUUCCUCGGUGACGGCGGUUGGAUGCCUUGUGGCACUGUGGAAACCCUCGACGACCGCUACAUUUUUGAGCCUCGAACUGCCGAUGACAUCAAAAACGCCUCCUUAGCUCAGCAACGGAUAAGCGAGUCUGGUACCCCUGUGAUCAACGAAUCCCUCAAUUCCUCCAUCAAUGGAUCCCAAGGGAUGCUGCAAAAGGGCAUUCUCGGGCAAGAAGGACAACAGGCCCCGAAUGAAGUGGAGAAUAAUGUGGAGAUGACUGACGCCCCAGAGGCCACCGCGCAACCAGCGGCUGCCAAUGAUGUCCCAGAACCUCUUCAGGGUGUGAAAUCAGAAGAAACCGAUGCUGCUGUCAAAGAUCUGCCUCAGCAUUCAGAAGAGUCUGCUGCAAGAGGUAACAAUAUCAGUCUUCCAGCCAGCCAGGAUGGAACUUUGGGCCGCCGUGAAAAGCAGGAGGACAUAGAUAUAUCCAAGGACGGCGAGAAGGCCGAUACGGACGAGGCUCUUGAGAACGAAACCGAACAAGAUGAAGAGAUGCAAGAUGGUUCGUCCCCGGAGCCACCUCGCCGAAUGACCACUCGCGCCCAAACCAAUGCGGUCAACCUUCCAGAGGCUGGAAACCAAUCCCCCACGUUCUCUACGGAUAGUUCCAAUACCCUUCUAGUUCCUCACCCGCUAUUUCUCAUUCCUGAAAAUGUUCGCCCUGACGCGAACUUUGGUCUUCCCGCUACCGAGGCCGAGGAGACUCGUCGACUCUUGUGGUCCUAUAUCCAGAAACAGGAGGAGACCGUGCGCGGUUUUGAACAUAUGCUUGACUCUCUCCUGCGCGCCUGCCACAUGAAGGCCGACGUACUCGAGUGGUGCAAGGCCGAGGGCCACGUUGGCGAGAUGAGCGAUGGCGAAGACUGGUACGACCGCGAGAAAUGGGGUCUGGCCGAGGGCGAAGAUCUCAAGAAGGGCACCGACGAAGACGAUGUCGAGACUGUGGACGAGAGCCGCACGACGGCGAAGAGGGGCCGCGGACGACGGCAGUAA